AUGUGGUCUGUCCUACUACUUUUAGUUGUUACAGCUAAUGCUUUUCCAUCUACUCCUCCUUACACUACUCCUGAUAGUACUUAUUUCAUUUACGACAGUGCACUAGGCAUGCAUUGUGAUUCCGAUACAAAUUGUGGUGGUUUAGUUGCCUCAUCCAUGUGUCUUAAUGGCACGUGUGUUUGUCAACCUGGACUUAUUCCACAAGGUAUUAUGAAUUGUGUCUAUCCUCAUGGUAUGAACAAUUUACUAACUACUAGUUAUCUGUAA